CGGGGUGAAUGCGGCGGUUCAGGUGCGCCUUGAUGAUGAAGGAGGUCAUGGGCGCGGGAAGGCGAGCGAAUCGGGCUCAAUGGCGAACAUCAACCGGCUGCGGAAGAUGCCGAGAUGGACCCACAGUGACAUGCGUCACAGGUCACUGACUAAGGUUGGGUUGUUGCUAACUAGCGCUCUUGCAUUGAGCAUACAAUGAGCAAGUACGCCAGAGUUGCGGUCGUUACGGGCGCCAACAAAGGAAUUGGUUUUGCGAUUGUCCGCAAACUCGCCCUUCAGUACCCCUCCUCGCCUCUCAACAACGGGCCUCUCUGCCUCUACCUUACCGCACGGAACGAGUCUAGGGGACAAGCCGCCCUUGAGGCCUUGCGCUCGGACCCUCAGCUGAGUAAGGCAAAGGUCCUCAAGCCGGAUGGCGGGCUCGUCGACCUCAAAUUUCAUGUCUUGGACGUUAGCGAGGAGAAGAGAAUUGAUGCGUUUGUGGAUUAUCUGAAGGAGGAGCACGGCGAGAUUGACGUGGUUGUGAAUAAUGCUGGGAUCGCGAUGGAUGGGUUUGACGCUAAUGUCGCCACUACGACGCUCAAGACCAACUACCACGGCACGGUGUACGCUACGCUGCGCUUCCUCUCAAUCUUGCGGCCGACGUCUACUUCGCGCAUCGUCAACGUCGCCUCUAUAGCCGGCGCGCUUAGCAAGUAUCCGCCGCCGCUGCGCCAGCGAUUUGUGGAGGCAAGUGAAGUAAUCACACCCGACAUCACCCACGCACCUUCCGCCGCGACCGCUCUCAUGCGAGAGUUCGAGGAGGGUGUGAAGACGGGGACGCACGAGAAGUUAGGCUACCCUUCCGCGGCGUACGCGGUGAGCAAAGCGGGCCUCAUCGCGGCGACGCGGGCGGUGGCGCGGAGUGUGGCAGAGAGUGCGAAGAAGCGGGGCAGCAACCAAUAUCCCCUCAUCAACAGCUGCUGCCCGGGCUGGGUGAACACGGACAUGUCGAAGGGGCGCGGGUACAAGACGAUCGACCAGGGGGCGGAGACGCCGGUGUUGUUGGCGUUGGGAGAUUUACAGGGCAAAACGGGCGGGUUUUGGCAGGAGGGGAAGGAGUCGAGGUGGUAGGGGGUGACGAAGCGAUAGAAUUGUCAAUGAAGAACCAUCAAUGAAGCAAAGCUGGGGCGAUAAGAACGCUGGACGGAAACUAGAGAGAAUAGAUGGAGCUGCACAAGUAUAGCCUAGAUGUACAU